UCUUCGCUGGCAACAACAUCCAUUUCAGCUAAAAAUGGAAGCAGUCGAAGAUGUCCUCAUAGGCGCUUUUCCUAAUAUUGACGAAGAAUUGUUUGAUUAUCUUGAAGGAGUCUUAGAUGGUGGAAAAGACGAUUUCGUGACACCGGAUGACAUCUAUGACGCCGUAGGUGACAUGCUUCAUGAAAUAUCUGAGGACUCGAAGGAUGAAGGUGAAAUACGAGACAUAUGCUCAAGGUUACUGGAAGUAAUGAAAGGUGAAACGGGUGCUAUAAACGGAGACGGCAAUGUCUCCUGCGCAAAGGUACUCAGUGCACCGGUACAACUGAAGAUGAUGGCACAAGAUUAUGAAGACAAGUCUGCAGAAGUUACUAGUAUAUGGGUGAAGCAAAGAGACAACACACUGCAAGUUGACCAAAAGAAACUGGAAAAGGCGGAAGCAAGAUUACGGCAAAAGCAGGAGAAGAGAGAGGGCGUUGAGAAGCCUUCUGCACCUCCCCAACCUGUUCUGAAAGCAGCGACGGCAAGCCAGGCUGUCAGCAAGAGAGAAGCGAGGCUCGAAAGCAAGGGUGGAAGCAGAGUGCAGGACAUCCGCAUAGAAAACUUUGACAUCGCCUUCGGAGAAAAAUCACUCCUGUGUGGAGCUGACUUGACGCUUUGUUAUGGGCGACGAUACGGCCUGGUUGGAAGGAAUGGCAUUGGGAAAACUACGCUUCUUCGGAUGCUUUCAAGUGGGCAGCUCAAGAUCCCAUCACAUAUUUCCAUUCUGCACGUCGAGCAGGAGGUUGUUGGUGAUGAUACGACAGCUUUGGAUAGUGUCCUGUCCUGUGACGAGAAGCGUCAACGGUUGCUCGAUGAGGAGAAGAGACUUACAGCACUGGCUGCCAAAGAGUGUGAAAACGAAGACCACAACAUAAGCGAACAGUUGUCUCAGGUGUAUGCAGAGCUGCAGCAUAUUGAAGCUGAUCGUGCUCCUGCUAAAGCUUCAGUUAUUCUGGCUGGUCUUGGGUUUACUCCAGCUAUGCAACAAAAGAAAACAAGGGAGUUUUCCGGAGGAUGGAGGAUGCGUAUUGCGCUUGCAAGAGCUCUCUUCACAAAACCCGAUCUGCUUUUACUCGACGAGCCAACAAACAUGUUAGACAUGAAGGCGAUUAUCUGGUUGGAAACAUAUCUUCAGGAGUGGCAAUCAACACUCCUAGUAGUAUCGCACGACAGGCUAUUUCUUGACUCUGUGCCAACGGAUAUUUUGCACUUUCACUCGCAAAGAAUAGACAGUUACCGCGGAAACUAUGAGAAUUUUGUGAAGGUCAUGACAGAGAAACUGAAAAACCAGCAGCGAGAGUACGAAGCUCAGCAGCAAUAUAGGGCACAUGUUCAAACUUUCAUCGACAGGUUUAGGUACAAUGCAAACCGUGCUGCACUAGUACAGAGUAAAAUAAAGAUGCUAGAGAAGCUACCUGAACUGAAGCCAGUCGAGAAAGAAGCUGUAGUCACACUGCGGUUUCCAGAUCCAGAGCCUCUGUUCCCCCCAAUUCUACAGCUGGACGAAGUUACUUUUUCUUACUCGUCAGGCCACAAUAUUCUGGAAGGAGUGAACCUGUCUGCCAACAUGCAGUCUAGAAUAUGUAUCGUUGGUGACAACGGUUCUGGGAAAACUACCCUACUCAAAAUUCUCACUGGCGAACUUAAUCCGACUUCCGGCAUUCGUCAUGUACAUAGGAAUCUCGUCAUUGGCUAUUUUACUCAGCAUCACGUCGACCAAUUGGAGCUAGGAGUGUGUUCGCUAGAGUUUAUGGCAAGGCGAUUUCCAGGAAAGUCAGCAGAGUACUAUCGUCAGCAACUAGGUUCUUUUGGAGUUACUGGAGACCUGGCAUUACAGUCCAUUGGAAGUUUGUCAGGGGGGCAGAAAAGCAGGGUAGCCUUUGCUAUUAUGUCCAUGUUGCGGCCUCAUUUCCUCAUCUUGGAUGAGCCUACAAACCAUUUGGAUAUUGAAACCAUAGAAGCACUUGGGCAUUCUUUAAAUACAUUUCAGGGAGGUGUAGUGCUUGUGUCUCACGACGAGCGUCUCAUUCAGCUGGUGUGCCAAGAGCUCUGGGUGUGUGGCAACAAAAACGUGUGCAGUAUUGAAGGAGGAUUCCCACAGUACCGAAAGCUGGUCGAAGAGGAGCUGGAAUCCCAGGGUCGAUAGGCGAUCUGCUGCUGCUGCUGCUGCUCUAUUUAUGUACAUGCACAUUGCAAAUAGGGAGAACUAAAGGUUAUUUUAAUAAAUGUUCCGCUUUAAGUGUUA